GAACAAGAACAACGACAGCAAUACAUACACAACACAAAACCCCCAUACCCGAUAACCAGCUUCAACCCGCCGAAAAUUCGACUCCGACCGAACAACGGCGACCUGUCCAACGCAAACCAAACCAUUUCGGCGAAAAUCGUAGCCAAUCACCAAUCUCGACCCGGUCAGCCUCUAUCCGAACCGGCAACAUCAAAUCCGACCCGCCCCGACCCGCCACAGCAACUCGUCAACAAUCCGAACAGUUUCGACCCGCGGCCCUCUCCUCCGUACGAUCCCGCGUGCUAGUAAAAAUCUGUAUAUCAAUGAAACAAAUUACUUUAUGUAAUCCCAACAGCCUGUAGGCCAGUUUUGCAAAAACUGUAUUCCUCUCUUAUCUCUAUCUGUCUAUCGGUUACUGAAAAAGGAGAAUUAAUUAGGGUUUAGGGAAUGGGGAAUCCAAACACGACGGAUGAAUCAGCGGAGAAAAGGGUGUACAAAGAUCCGGAUGAUGGACGGCAACGUUUCUUACUGGAACUCGAAUUUGUUCAAUGUCUCGCUAACCCCACUUAUAUUCACUAUUUGGCUCAGAAUAGAUAUUUUGAAGAUGAAGCUUUUAUUGGAUACUUGAAAUAUCUUCAAUACUGGCAACGACCUGAGUACAUAAAGUUUAUAAUGUACCCACACUGCCUAUUCUUUCUCGAGCUUCUCCAAAAUCCAGCAUUUCGUAAUGCAAUGGCGCAUCCUGCCAACAAGGAAGUGGCACAUAGGCAACAAUUUUACUUCUGGAAGAACUAUAGAAACAACCGGUUGAAGCAUAUUUUGCCACGGCCGCUUCCUGAGCCUGCAACUGCACCACCAACUUCUGCUCCACCUGCAUUGCUACCAACAAGUGUAGCCCCUCCAGCCGCUCCACCUACUGCUCCUUCACCUGUUACAGCUGCAGCUCUUUCCCCAAUGCAGUAUGCCAUCCCUCCUGGAUCUGGUCUUGCUAAAACUGACCCGAGGAAUGCUUCUGUUGAUCGAAGAAAGAGAAACAGGAAAGAUGGAUGAUUUUCUUUUACUAAUGACACAGACAUCCAACCAAUUAAUUCAUGAAUUAUGGUGAUCAUCAUGGAAUUAGGCUACCUCCAACGUGUUAGAAAAGAAGUAAACCCUGUUUAUUGCUGCUGCACACGGUUACAAGAAUGGAGCUUGGCUAUUUUAUACAGUGAUCUGGUGCAUCACCGCUUGUUGAAUUUAGUUUCUGAUGCCAUUAUUAAUUAUGCACCUUAUUGUUAUGAGUUCUUCAUUGCCCCAAAACAAAACAAAAAUACAAAUAUUAGUUCUUCCUAUGGGUCAUCACUCAUCAGCUUGCUCUUGCUGUGGCCUGUGGUUUCUGCUGAAGGUAAUAGUGGCUCAUGUGGCAGAGCAAGGAACUUGACCUUUGAAAAUGUAAUGCCAUCGAAACCUCCAUUUCUCUUCUCUCGUGCUGGAGAAACGCAUGCCAACAAAUAGCUAAUUACUGAAUAGGUCCACUGUGUACUCUAUAGCUUAAUGAAGUCCUUGAAUGUGGUUUCUUAUCCCUUUUUUAUGGAAUGUUGAGGUAAUAUUACGUUGAGGGUU